AUAAAAUGCCCUUGUGUGUCAAACGUUAGUCUUAAUAAAGCAGGGAUAGAUUGAACACUGAUUGUUACUUAUCAUUCGAUCCACGAGGAAGUAACAAAAAUAACAAUAAGAACAGCGUGAUUACGUCUUAUACAAUCGUAUACACUGGACCGCACUGUACAUUGGCAGCAGUGCUCCUCUCAGGCGAAAUAGAAAAUGGAGGACGAGUUGGAAGAUAGAGUGCUGUAUCAGACGUAUAUUUCUCACAUGAAACUAAUUUCACGAUUUGCUGUCGGUUUGCCACUGAAUUCUGCCCCAGUCAGUUAUCUUUGGCGGCUUUUACGAAUUUAUAUACUAAAGCCAGAGGUGCUUAUUUUGAGUGCCGUGUUAUUUGUUAUUUUAGUCUAUCUUCAGGCUGUUGAUGUUUGGAGUCGCACUUUACUGGGCAGAUUAACAUGCACAAUUGGACGUUCGACCUCAAAGGUUCAGCGUCUGCAAUAUUUUGUGAAUGGAUCAGUAUCAGGUGGAGAGAAACUCAGUUGGGAACUGAAGGAAGGAAUUAUUGCUGCGUAUGCCGUUCAAGGACGACGACCUCGCAUGGAAGAUCGUUUUGUUGUUAACGAAGAUAUCAACAAAACUGGUGUAUCAUUGUUCGCUGUUUUUGAUGGGCAUGGUGGAGAGUUUGCAGCAAAUUAUGCCCGCGAUAAACUUAUAAAUAAUCUUAAUAACAAGGUUAUUGAAUUGAAGAACCUUAUUGCUGCUGGAGACAAACCAAGACAAUAUCCGCCCAAUUUUGGGGAUACUGAGAAAAAAGAAGCAGAGAAAAAACCUGCUGCAACUCCUGUAGAAAAGAAAAAUAGCUUCAGGAAGACUAUGAGUACGUCACAAACAGAUGAGUGCAUGAAGAAGGGUGCAAGCAUAACAGAUCCAGAACUUCUGAGUCGAUUGGACACACUAUCUCGAACCAUUACAAGAGAGGUUCGCCCUUCAAGAAAAGAUGCUGUGCCACCGAAAGUUGUUCCCACUGCUAGUUAUCUUGAUUCCAAUGGGAAAAUAAAUUACAGACAGCUUCUUACAGACGAAGUCCUUGCUGCCGAUCGUCUUUUGGUAGAGGCAGCUAAGAAGAGCAUGGACGUAGCAGGUACAACUGCACUAAUUGCUCUUCUUGAAGGUUCGCGAUUGGUGGUUGCUAAUGUGGGUGAUUCCCGAGGCGUAAUGUGUGAUAGCAAGGGCAAUGCCAUUCCUCUCUCAUUUGAUCACAAGCCACAACAGAUGCGGGAGCGGAAACGCAUUAAAGAAGCAGGUGGUUUCAUCACGUUCAAUGGGGUGUGGCGUGUUGCAGGAAUUCUGGCAACAUCACGGGCUCUUGGUGAUUAUCCACUUAAAGAUAAGAAGCUUGUGAUUGCCGAUCCAGAUAUCCUGACCUUUGACCUGGCAGACCAUAAACCAAUGUUUCUCAUUUUGGCUUCAGAUGGUCUCUGGGACACAUUCUCAAAUGAGGAGGCUGUGGCAUUUGUUAAGGAAAGAUUGAAUGAACCUCAUUACGGAGCAAAGAGCAUAACAUUGCAGUCUUAUUAUAGAGGCUCAUUAGAUAAUAUUACUGUAGUAGUCAUAAACUUCAUGGAUAGAAAAUGGAGUUAUGGUACUCUUCAGAAAACUAGGUGAAGAAAUUAAUUGUAUACUUACGGGAUUAAUCUGAAAAUCAGUUUCAUUUUAAAUAAAAUCUUUCGUAAGAAAAUUGUCUCAAGUGGAUUACUUUUUCUAACAAGGCAGACUAAAAACAUAAAAGGUACCAAAAAUUACUGCCUUCUGGGAUGUGAUAACCGUGUAGUUUGGUACGCAACAGGCACAGUAUCACAUUCCAGACAACAGUAAUCUUCAUUUUCACCACAGCAAGGGUGUCACAUCAUAUGUAAAUGAAAGUAAUUAUAUUUUGUGUAUUUGGAACUGAUUACUUCAUUAUGUUAACAAAUUAAAUUAAAUUUUGGUAUGAGACUUGCAUGAAUUCCGACAGCAUUUUUACCACAAACAAAUUCUCAGAAAUAUUUUUUACUGUUUGUUAUAUGAAUUAUAUAUUUUAUCUAUGUUAAGUAAAGAAUGGAUGACACAGUAAAUAGAUUCAUGUCCUAGCGAUGACAGAUUCCUAUAGGUCUACAGCAAGUACACUUAAGUCUAAAAUGGCCAAAAGGUUACAUUUCUUAAUUUAUCUUUCUUCAGCACUGGGUUCCAUUGUCUUAGUAACUAUUAAUAUUCUUGAUAUCCAUUCAGAAUGCAUGUAACACAAAAGUAAUUUUCGAGGCUCUGCGUGUGCAAUGAUAUGAAGCAAGGAAUGCAGAUUCAUUGCUACACAGCAAGCCAUAUUGUUUCCCAGUAUGCUGAUAGUAUGAAAGUAAGCUAGUGGUCCAAGGAAAAAGGUUUUCAUAACAAGAAUUUCCUACAAAAGUAAAUAUUCUGAAGGAAAUUUAAUUUAAAACAUGAUUCUUAUACUCUUGUUCAUAUUUGUGCCAUUUCCAUGUAUAAAUGAAACAAAUUAAUUACCCAGAGAGUUGAAGUAAACUUGCAUGCCAAAUAUUCCGAUGUUGGAUGCUACAUAUUAGACUGAA